AUGAAGUUAGCUCGAGGAGUCGCCAAAUUGUCCCUUCUGUCCAUUCAGGCCCUGUUACAAUCAUCAGAUAAUGAUGAACGGGAAAUUAUUAAGCAUAUAGAUUAUGAUAUGCUUGAAAGAGCCUAUAAUAUCCACAAAUACUAUCCGCAGUACAUUCACAAUUAUGAUAUUCUGACUCCAGUUUUGCGUAUGUUAAUUGUCGACAAACCAAUUUACAAUGAUGCCAAUCAACACUUGAAGAAUGGAGAAAGUUAUGAAAAGAGGAAAUUAUUGAAUUGCCAGCUUCACGAGAAGCGAGAUGCCAGGAAGGCUUCGAGAAAAGAACGAAAGGAACGGAAACGAGAGAAGCAGUUGAUGAAACAGGAACAGAAACUCAAGAACAAAGGAUAUCAUGACCAAUUCAAGAAUGAAGAUUCCGAUUAUUACAGUGACAGUACUGACGUGGACAUUGAUGAACAAAUUAUUACAGGAAAGGCAGAAUUAGUAAGCAUUCCACUUGUGAAAGAUUCUACUACCUGGAGUGAAAGUAGCAAUACUCGUGCCGAAUCGACCCGAACAAUGAGCAAGAAUAAGUUAAUAACCAAGUCCCAUACUCAUCCUACAUCAAAGCACAACUCGUUUGGGUUUAAAAUCUUGAAUAAGAUGUUUCCCAAAUCUCCUCCAGGUACAAAGAAUAGCGCCGAUGCACCAAUGUCUAAGAUGAUUAGUUUACAACCAAUUGACAAAAGUUCUAAAUCUGAGAUAAUUAUUCCGUUACAAAAAGCCAACACGUUUGAACAAACUAAAUCUAACCUAACAUUGUCAAGACGAUUGGCAAAGAGAUUAACGAGGUCUGAUCAAGAAAAUCCAAAUGUGAUAGGUAUGUAUACUUUUUUUUAUUUUAUUUUAUGUCUGUCCGAGGACUGA